AUGUCGCUGCGGUUGCGGUCACGAUCACGAUCCAGAGAUAAACGAAGGAGAUCGCCUUCACGAGCAAAGAGGAAACCGCCGCUGGAAAGGCAAAGACGGCGAAGAAGCCAAACACGCAGUCAUUCUCCCAAAAGCAGGAGUCCAAAAAGGAAGCCGACAGGCGGCGGCGGUGGGUUUGGAAGUGGACCCGGUAGCGGCUUCGAUGUGAAAGUGAUGCCCGAAGAUUUGGAGCGGGUGCAAGCGCUGGCCAGGCAGUACAACCAAAACAAGUCGGUUGCACAGGCCGUAGCGCUACAUCUGGAGCAGACGAAGAACCAGCAACCACCGAACCCGGAGGUGGAGACUUUUCUGGCUCAGUAUCCGCAGAUCCAGGCUCAUGCUGCAGCCAGACUGCGGGCGCUACCUAAAGAAGCACAGACCAACGUUCUAAUGCGUGGUGGCUUGGGAAGUGCCCGUGAUCCGACUGCUAUGCUGCUUGGAAGGAUACGUCAAGUGGACCCUUUCAAUACCACUUGGGUGCCUCACACUCCGGGGAUGCAGCCAUUCCCUACGCAAUCUUCAUGCAGAUGUGGACAGGUGGCAAAAAUGGUGCCUGACAAGCCGCUGCUACCGGAGGCCAAGGUGCAAGACAAAGAAAAGGAGCCAUACGAAGGUGAGUACGAGAACCUCACUGCUCUUGCAGAAGGCCUGCGGGAAGGUUUGGUCGUGGGAGCUGCCGCGGCGAGCGAUUGUUGCUGGAAUGUGCCGGCCAUGGCAGGCCUGCGGAAGAGUUUGAAGCGUUGGCUGGGGCGUGUCGCUGCGAGAGUUGCCUUGGAAAGGUGUGGCGCGUCCUUGGCCGCGGUGCUGCGUCUUCGCGAACUCUACAAGAAGUUCCUCGCGGUCUGCAGCUGCAGGGGUGAGACGCUACGCCAGCUGCCCUAUGAGGCGUUUGGGCUGCCUGACCCGGACGACGAACAGCCGCGUCCGGAGAGGAGGAACAUGAAGUGGCACCGUCGGCGCUGCCCUACGGGCAACAUCAAGGUCGCAGUCGUCGAGGACGAGGAGGCCCGCGGCAGCCUUACUCCUAUGGCCGACCUUCUCAAGGAAGAGGAGGAAGAAGAGCCUUCCUGCCCUGCGCGGCACCCGCAACGCGCUGCGCCGCACCAGCGGCUGCGGGGAAAGAAGCCGCAACUAAAAAUUCCGGGCGUCGGGGCCACCGUCACCGCUUUGGUCGACGUCAGCGGUGAGAUCAAGGACAAGGCCUGCUAUUUGGUGGUCAACGGCAAAAUUCUCGUUGGCAAAUGUGCCGUGUGGCGCUCCCCCAGCCAGGUCUGGGAAGCCGUCGCGCCGCCAGAAGGUGCCCUUCUCGAAGACAACUGUGUGGUCGUCUCUGCCGAAGGGGACUGCAACUCGAACAUGGCAGGCGGUGACUUCGACGGCGACCUCAACAUGCUCAGCUUCUGUCCACAGCUCAUCGCCCUGGCAGAAGCGACGGAGCAUGCCGUGGCAGCCGCAAGCAUGGAAGAUGUGGCAGAGGAGCGCACGGCUGCAUACGAGCAGUACGUUGCGGAGCUCAAAACUCCCCGCCUGCAUGGCUCGGUUACCGCCAUGGCAGAGCGGGCGGCGGACAAGGCCUUGGCAUCAAAGGCCCCAUUGCAGGAUGAAACGAUGCGCUGGGCCCUGCGCUUCUGCAUCCUGGGCCACCGCUCCAUGGAUGUUCCAAAGAAACAUUCCUUGGAAGCGAUGCUGGCCCUGCUUGCCGAUUUUCUUCGCGAAGGUGACGUCAAGAAGCGGGGCCAGCGCAGUACUGCAAUCACGGCGGCGGAGCUGAGGCUUGAAGAUCCCUCUGCCACCAAGACCCGGACCUUUGAGCUGUACGAGGACAUUGUGAAAAAGGUGUUGGGCAACACGCCCUUAGGCAUGGUUUGGCUGCCCGGCCUUCACCUGGCGAAGAGGUUGCUCCUUCAGGUGGAAAGGGCCCUGGAGGCCCUGGAGGCCCUGCAGCUGUCUCAUCACAACCGGUCUGUAUCCAAGGACGAAGCGCCGGCACUUCCGCCAGCGCCUAUGUCUGUGAGUGGUGCAAAGUUUUCACCGCCAGGCAUUGGCGUUGCGGCCGUUGCGAAGACGAAGUCCGUACCACCGUUGCCACCAGGAAGCCCGGCUUUGGGCCAAGCUCCUCAAAUGGUCGCAGGAGGCUCUGGGAUACCUGGCCAUCUGCAAUCGAUGCCAGGACCUCCGGCACCACCAGUGCCGGCGACGGCGCCUCCGCUGCCAACGGCUCCACCGGCUCUGCCGGCUCCGUCGGCUCCGUCGGCUCCGUCGGCUCCACCUGCCAGCUCAAGUCCAGGCCUUGAUGCGAUCCCUGCAAAGUCUUUCACGCUUUCAGCAGAACUUGAGAGCAAAAAAAAUAAUGUGCAAUCCUCCUUGGCUAAUCUGGCUGCAUCGCUUUUGGGAAAGGAGGUUGCAGGCCUUCUAGGGCCAAAGCAAGAGUCAGAGCAGACCGCAGUGCCUGCAUCUGAUUCCAUGCCCUCCACUAGACCUGCUUCACUUGACCUGAAUUCUGCGGCUCGGGCAGCAGAGCAGGCUGUAUUUGGAGCAGGAACAUCCAGCAGCCCAAGUACAAGUGCUGGUGGUGCAGCUGGCAGCACAGCUAUCCCUGCCACAACUGGUACUGGAGCGCAUCCAAAAACUGCCCCACCGCCAAACUUGCCCGCGAUUGGGCCUGCGAAUGGGUACAGUGCUCCACUGGGAACACCUGGUGUGCCAGGUAAGGUUGCAAGUGCCUUGGAUGCUCCACUAACAGAAGCACAAAUUGCAACACUUCCUCCAGCUCUCCAAGCUGUGUUGAGAAAGAAACAAGCAGAGCAGGGUGCACCUGUCCAAACUUCUGCACCAGCCCCGCUUGCACCACAGAUGUCUCCAGGCGUGUCUUCAGGGGUCCCUCCGCUCCCACCAGGACUCUCCCCUGGUGUCUCAAUGGAUGCCAGUGCCUCUUCCAGCUUGCCUCUUGAACCUGUGGCACCUGCAGCUGACGACCUGACUCCGGAACAACGUGCCGUGCUUGCUCAGAUUCGUCAGAAGCAGGAGGAGAGGGAAAAGAAGGAAGCAGAGGAAAAGGCUCAAAAGCAGCAAGCACAGCAGGCUGUAGCUGCAGAGACGGCAUACCAGAAUUUCUGGGUUCAGCGACAAAUGGCUUCGUUGAUGUCUCUCUACCAGCAAGGCCAUGCUCUGCAGCAGGAAAGAAAAACCGCUGCGCCUCCUACUGCACAAUCCGAUUACUGGGAAGGCGACUGGACAUGCGCCAAGUGCGGGGAUCAUCAAUUUGCCCGAAAUCGGGAGUGCAGGAAUUGUGGCGCUCCGCGAACGCAAUAGUGCCUUGGGGUUCAGCUUGAGGUCUCAGCGGCGAGCUGCAGCAGUGAGCCCCCUAGGCCGCCCUGCAGAAGGGCAUAGGACAAACAGAUGUGAACACAAUUUGAUGCAUAUUUGUUGCAUGUUUGUUGGUAUUGUUCUCC